AUGAUCGAUGAGAUAGAGAGCAAGACGAAAGUUGUCCCAGUAUUAGUUGUCCCAGUAUUAGGAUUAGUAUGGGAUUUAGAAAAAGAUAGUUUGAGUUGCAAGAUCGAAGAAACAUUUAACUUGAGGGAACCUAUUACCAAAAGAAAAGUUUUGUCAAUUACCCAGAAAAUUUUUGAUCCCAUUGGCUUUACUGCACCGAUAACUGUAAUUCCUAAGCUAAUUUUGCAAGAAACAUGGAACCAGAAGAUUAAGUGGGAUGAAGAUCUUCCUCUUCCCCUAAGUGAGCAGUUUGGGACUUGGUUGAACCAAUUGCCUCUGCUAUCUCAGAUUGAAAUUCCUCGUUGGUUAAAUAUUGAUUACGAAAACGAAGAUACCGUAGUGCUCCACGUUUUUUCGGAUGCUAGUAAAAGAGCCUAUGCCACAUGUGCAUUUUUAAGAGCUGAAACCAUCGAAGGUGUAAAGGUUCAGUUAGUAAGCGCGAGAAGUCGAAUAGCCCCUAUUAAGGAACUUACGAUUCCACGUCUUGAACUUCUCUCCUGUCUGAUAGGUGCCAGGCUUGCCAAAACAAUUCUAUCAGAUUUGAAACUUAAGAAUUGUAGAACAGUGUUCUGGAGUGAUUCUUCUACAGCUUUGGGGUGGAUAAGAAGGGAUCAAGCAUGGGGUACGUUUGUUAACAAUCGAGUACAAGAAAUAAGAUCGCUUACCAGAAUAUCUGACUGGAGGCAUGUACCUGGAAGUUUAAACCCAGCGGAUCUCCCAUCGAGAGAGGAUGUACUAUUGAGCAAUUACAGAAAUCGGCAUGGUGGGAGGGCCCAUCGUGGCUUUACUUACCAGAAGACGAGUGGCCCCAUGUAG